GUAACCCUAUUUAAUGUUCAUUGUUGUAUUUUAUUACACUCGGGAAUGAAAGGCGUUUCAUGCCAUAUGUCUAGAAACAUUCAAGCCACCUAUGUUUGGAUAGAAGAAACCCUCUAAAAUAACUUGGUAUGAGAUUAUAUCAUUAUAGCAAUCGUGUCGAGCAAUGCACAUAAGAAUGCAUAACCGUAGGCGAAUAAACCAAAUUAAUAUUUAAAAACGGUAAGUCGUGGAAAUUUCCACCUAGGAAAGCCUGCAAUGCAGAUAAUGUACCACCAAUGAAAAUUAAACUUCUAGAUGAGGUUUCUCUCUCCAAAACUGACCUCUAAAAAAAGACAAUAGUACGCACUUGUACACGAUGAGGUAGUUAUUGCGUCUUAAUUUUUUAGCUCGACCCAAUUCGUCUCGCGCUCGUCCUAUCAUUACUGGUGGAGUGCUCAGAUCGAUAAGAUCAGUUAUAGCGUGAUUUCAAAUCUAUUUGAAUCAAGUUGAAAGUUUAAUCAUUUGUGUCUUUCUCGAACUAAAGUCGAAUGAAUUUGGUGAGUUAACUAAAAUAGUUAAGGAAAAGCUUGAGAAUUGUGAAUAAUUUGAAGAAACCGAUCAGGUAAGCUGGUGAGCAAUUGGACUUGAGUGAACACUAAAUUUUGAACACGUUGAACAGGCCUAGCCCGAAAACGUGGGCGGUUUAUCUGGGGUUAUCCCGGGUGGAUUUUCCCAACCGAAGCCAAGACGUGAUCCAGUGGCCGAUCAUCCAACCGUUCGUCCGUUGAUCGAACGCCACGUGCUCGAUUGUGGUGAAAACCAAGCCGAGGAACUCGAAACAUAUCAAGGCGUGGAAGCGAGCUACGCAUCAACCGCUCGAAAGCUCCACCAGGACCGGGGACGCAUUCACCCCGUAUCGGCCCACGCACGAGUUGGCUUUUACGGGACGUUGUUGGAGGCAACCACGUGUUUCGCCAAGCUGGUUCGUCGCAUCGGUGUCUCGUCGACCAUCUACGAGGACUUGCUCGAAUCGUCCGACGUGGGAGCCGCCUUUCGCCGAAGAAUAAGGUCAGACCAUAUAAUUUGAAUACGAUUGCGCAACGUAUAAACUAGUGUACUCGAAUAUUUAAAUCAGCUCGAACCGCCUAUUUGACGAGCUCGAUUGUGACGUCACGGUCCGUAGCCAGUUUGUUCUGAUUAAGAAUAAACCUGAAAAGUAGGAAUAAUUAGAAACGAAUGGAUUGUAAAGCUCAUUAAAUUUGCUUUAAUUUUUUAUUUGAAUUUCGUUGAUUUUGAGAAUAAAGUUUACUUCGAGUUUAGUAAUCUCUUCACCAGACCGUGGUCGUCAUUUGAAGAUUCAAACGAGUUUGUUUGAGCUUAAAGUUACUCGAAUCACUACCGAUCAGUCCUGGAGAGUCCUCCAAUAUAAUAGCUUUUUCUUUUUUUAAUUUUUCUUUAGUUUUUUUUUAAUUGGUUUGGUUUAUUUGCGUCGCGUCGUUUGGGUCAAAGUUGGGAUAAGAAGUUCUGCUAAACUGUUUGGCCUGCCCUGAGCAGGAGAUCUCAUACCGGGUUUUUGAAAAGAGGUAACGGUCCUUCUAGAUGAGGGUGGCGCUUAAGCCGUUAUCUUCGUGAACAGAGCGAAUUGUUACAAUUUUGGCGCCCAACGUGGGGCUCGAAAAACAGUUAGUAGAUUUUUUUCAAUUGGACUUUGUCCGAGGAACACUUAGUAGAUUUCAAUAGGGUUUUUGCUAAAGCACGAUUCUUACUAAUUUUCAGUAUUGGUUGGGUUGAGUUAGAUAAAGUAAGUUGAGUUUUAGUUUAGUUAGGAUUAAGGUUCUCCUUUCGAAAGUUUUCGGAAUUGGUAUUGAAAUUCAAGUUUGAUUUUGUGCUUACAACUAUCCUUUUGAAUUGAAUUUGAUUAGUUUUCUUUUGUAGUUUUAAUCUUCGGUCAAUCAGUCAAAGUUUGUUUAUCAAUCAGUCUCAAUAUAACGUUUUUUUUCUCAUAAUCUUCAUAUAAACCGGUAGUGAAUUUGAAGUGUUUGAAUCUAAGCGAGUGUUUUUGUGUAUUUUCUUAUUCGGUUUUUUUUUCCUUUCUAUCGCGUAACUUGGAGUGAAAAUGAAUUAUUAUCAUAUUAAUGAACAGUGCUUGGAGGAGGACGAAGUUAACUACGAGUUGCGAAUUCGUGGUUUCGCUAUCGAAGGCCCGUUGGAAACACGGCGGCGCGCUUUGCGGCGUAUGUUGCGGGAGAGUGAAACGACACAGGUGAAGAAUACCUGGUAUUCGAUUGAGGAUGAGUAUGUGGGCAUUCCGGUGAAGCUUCAGCAAAUCGAGCUGGCAAUCCGGAAUCGAGUAGGUCAAGGCUGUUUGUCGCGAUUGGUACACCUGCACAAACGAGUUCGCCGAUAUCAGGUCAACAGUGUUGAACAACAGGAAAAGAAGAGGAUGCUGUUGAGUGCAGUGACGCAGAUGGCUCUUCAGUAUUUUGGAGUGAACUUGGAUAUUCUCGCACAAGCCGUACCCGUGAUGACUCUGGUGACAGGACCAGAGGAGGCGAAUGCUCCGUCAGUGCCAGACGGCCCAGUUGCCAUGACCAGAGCUGAAGGUGGAGUAGGGGCGAAUACGGCGCACCAGUCGCUGCGCGAUGAUUUGAUAGUGUUUUCGCCAUAUCCGAACGAUGGUGCGGGAAUGGAGUCCAGGCGACAUACUUUUCCGGUAACUAUUAACCAGGCUGCCAGAUUGGAUAUGCUGCAACCGAUUGUGGCGCCGCAACCUCAGCGAGCAAGCGCACCGGAGGACGGUGAGCCGAAUGGAGAUCCGGGAACACCGCAGUUUAGAAAAACAGUCCAAGUGCAGUUGAAUCGUCGACCGUCAACUCAAGGUCCCGCCUCAGUACCGAUGAGCGGAGUAGCCUUUCAGGUGAAUCCGUUCGAUCGACCCGCUGGUGUUGAGCGCGGUCAGGAACCCGUCAAUCACCAUCAGGACGAGCUCCUAGGGAAGGGCCACCCCAAACGUAAUUUUUCACCGGACUUGGAAGAUGGAACUUCGUACUAUGGAUCACUGGACACGUCCUCGUUGAACCGUCAAGUUCGAGCUGAAAAUAAAGUGGCAUCCAAUGAGUUUGUGCGUGUGUCUGAGAUGGAGGCGUAUAUCAAGAAUUGUAUUGGACAAAUGACUCGUGAAAUCGUGGACAAUCUUACGGACCGGUUUACUCACGUUGGUUUGAUGGAACCAAAGCAAGCGGAAGGGCUUAGAACCGAACCGAUCGGUCGGACAUUUCCCGCUGCACCAGUCCUGACUGGACAAGGAUUUCAAUCAGAGAAUAGGGGGAAGGAAGUGAAUUUUCCCUCCGGAAUGUUUUCCCAACUUCCGAAUUCGUCAAUGAGCUUCAAGCAACCGCAGUUGCAACCGACUGUUUCUCCAGAACCGUUUCCGAACCCGUACCGUAGGAGUGACAUCUCACCAGAUCAGCCGAGACUUCAACCUUUGACCCAAUCAGGCUUGCUGGGACCGUUUGGAACAGGAAACUUGAUGGGAAGUCAGUUGAAUCAGACUUCGUACAUGCGACAGCGUCUACCGCACCAGACCUGUAACAUUAUUGAAAAAUGGCCGAAGUUUUCAGGAGAGGGAAAUGCGGUGCCCGUGGUAGAUUUUUUGCGACAAAUCGAGAUCCUUAGCCGUUCAUAUCAGGUAUCCCAAGAGGAGCUACGAGUGCAUGCCCAUAUGUUGUUCAAAGGGGAUGCCUACGUAUGGUUUACCGCGUACGACGACAAGAUGGACUCUUGGGAUAGACUGGUAACAAUGUUGAAGAUGCGGUAUGACAAUCCGAACCGGGAUAAAUCCAUUCGCGAAGACAUGAGGAAUAGGAAACAGAAACCGAGUGAACCUUUCAGCGCAUACUUGACCGACAUUGAGGCCAUGUCGCAAAGGUUGAUUCGAAAAAUGUCGGAUGCUGAAAAGUUUGACUUGGUGAUGGAUAACUUGAAGCUUUCGUACCGACGAAGACUUGCAUUGCAGCCGAUACAGUCACUCGAUCAUCUGGCGCAACUUUGCUACCAGUUUGACUCGCUGGAAAGUAACAUGUACCUAACGCGAACUGUAACGAAGCCUGUGGUACUGAACCAAAUUUUUGCAGAGGACGAAUUGGAGGAUUUAGAAGAAGUUGCAGAGGAAGACGAUCCGACAGUGAUGGCUCUGCGACCGAAGAUGUCUCGGAAGGAUAGCAACAAGUUCCCGGGACCCAACAUGGCUUCAGAACAACAAUCAACGGACCAACCGUUAUGCUGGAACUGCAGAAGUCUGGGUCAUAUGUGGAGAGAAUGUACCCAACGGAAAACACUCUUCUGUCAUAUCUGCGGUCACACUAAUACUACUGCCUACCAAUGUCCUCAGAAACAUAAUCUCAAACCGCGUGAGACGAGCGAUUCAAAAAACGAGUGAAUACGGUAGUUUUCAGGGACCAAGCUACCGAUGAUAGUGAGUCUAGGGUUCCUUGUCAAAAUUUUCGUUAUUUCAAUCAGAAUUACAACAUAAAUACAUGUUUUCGAAGGUGUCCACAUUUGUUUGUUAAAAUUUUUGAAGAAGAAGUAGAAGGUCUUGCCGAUACUGGCGCCGGAGUAUCAAUAAUAAGCUCCGUGGAUUUAAUACAUAAGCUAGGAUUACCGGUUAAUAAAUGUAAUGUUACAAUUAGGACCGCGGACAGUACACCUUAUUCUUGUUUAGGGUAUGUAAAUGUACCCUUUACCUAUGAGUCUAAAACUCGAAUUAUUCCAACCAUUAUAGUUCCCGAGGUAUCGAAGAAACUUAUUUUAGGAAUGGACUUUUUAAAUGCGUUCAAUUUUCGUUUGAUGAUACCUCCAGGGCAAAUUGAGGACGAAACUAAUCAAUGCAAUUCAAUUGAGAUUAUGAUGGUAGAAGAGUAUUUCGGAGAAGAUGACCAAGCAGUGUGUUUCCAAAUUCAUCCUGAACCCGAGGAGCAGCAGCUAGGUAGCCAUACCGAAGAGGACGAAAGUUUG